AUGAAAUUAGACACUAUCCGUCUAUCUCUGCCUGUCUGUCUAUCUAUCUAUCUAUCUAUCUACGCCAUCUUUUCUUAUCUAUCUAUCUAUCUAUGCCAGUCUCUUCUUAGAUAUCUAUCUAUCUAUCUAUCUAUCUAUCUAUCUAUCUAUCUAUCCCAGUCUGUUGUUAACUAUCUGUCCAUCCCAGUCUGUUCUUAUCUAUCUAUCUAUCUAUCUAUCUAUCUAUCUAUCUAUGCCAGUCUCUUCUUAGAUAUCUAUCUAUCUAUCUAUCUAUCUCAUCACUGUUCUUAUCUAUCUAGCUAUUUCAGUAUAGUCAUAUCUAUCUAUCUAUCUAUCUAUCUAUCUAUCUAUCUAUCUAUCUAUCUAUCUAUCUAUUUCUGCUCAUAUCUAUUUCUGCUCAUAUCUUUCUAUCACUGUUCAUAUCGUUUUAUCUAUAUAUUCCUCUACCAAUAUUCAUAUCUAUCUAUCUAUCUAUCUAUCUUGAUGCUUUUAUUUACAAUUACCAAAUUUCUUAAUCCACCCCUGAUUAUUUCUAAUUCCAUUUAUUUUUAUCUAUCUAUCUAUCUAUCUAUCUAUGAUUUUUAUUGUUUUUUAUCUAUCUAUCUAUCUAUCUAUCUAUCUAUCUAUCUAUCUAUCUAUCUGAGUAUCGUCAUAUCUAUCUAUCUAUCUAUCUAUAUCUCUCGAUAUAUAUUGCCAACAAGAUUUUUAUUGCUGGUUAUAUUUUCUAUCUAUCUAUCUAUCUAUCUAUCUAUCUAUCUAUUGGUUUAG